AUGGCCAGUUGGCCCACAUUCAUGGCUCCGGAUGCAGUUCACGCUGCUAUAACAAAAAAAUUAAAAACAUCAGGUGAUGUUGAUGACAUUGAAGACUUCGUUACAAAUAUCAAGGAGUCAAGAAAAAACCUUGAUGUCGACGUGCUGCAACACAAAGAUAUGGUACUUUUUACGAAUGACUGUAAAACUACACUUCCAAAAGACUGGAACAUCCAAAAUUUAAAAAUUAUUGAGUUUCGAGGAGGUAAACUCUCCAUGUUUGCCAGAAAUGAUUACAAUGGGGAAUUUAAAGAACUACAUAUUUUAAAGAAAAAGGUUGAAAGAGAUUUAAGAAAGAAAAUGGGUGAAGAGCUAGAUCUUAUAAAUAUGAUGGAAAGAGAAAAAAAGCCAAGAGGUGUGAAUGAAGUUAAAAAAAAGGAAUUACUAACACUUGCAAAAUCUAUGCCUGUAUCGCGGUGA